CUCCCACUUCAAUUACUUACAGGAGGUGCUUUACCAUUGGUACUAGACUAGAUAUCAAUACAACAAGACAUUCAACAUUCAGUUAUUACAGAAAUCUCUACCUAAUGUAGAGGAACAUCUGAAUAUUACUAUCUAUUCGUAUCCUGCUCGAUUUGCCCAACGCCAAUUUCCCGCUAAAGAUCAUCAUCAUGAUGCCAAUGCUGAGCAAGGGAAUUUUGGUUUCACCAGCAGCAGUUUUUGUUGUCGACAGCACUUGGCAACGUGAAAGUGUCUCUGAGGUGCACUUUAGGAAACCCAGCUGUAAGCGAGUUUUUUCCGAUUCGCUAGAUGCCAUAAUAUCUGUUCAGCCGCAAAAUAGCUGUGUGGAUAUCCAGGCAGGUCAUACAUACCCCUCUCUUACUCCUUGCUCGCGGUAUGUGGUGAAUUCCAACCAUUACUCUAUCCUGAACACUCGGUUCUUAUUUACGCCAUGAGGCUCAUCAACUCCCAAACCAUAAAAUUUCACGAGUUUGAGCAGUCAAGCUCUAAGGUCCCGCGGUAUGCGAUCCUAUCGCAUACAUGGGGGGAUGAAGAGGUCACCUUUCGUGACAUGUGUUCAGAGCCUAUGGUGGAUGUCACUCGAAAAAAAGGGUAUGCCAAAAUCAAGGAAACCUGCCGUUUGGCUCUCCAACACAACUUGGAAUAUGUGUGGAUAGAUACUUGCUGCAUUGAUAAGUCGAGCAGCGCUGAGCUUUCUGAAUCGAUUAACUCCAUGUUCAAGUGGUAUGAGCACGCAGCAGUUUGCUACGUCUUCCUAUCUGACUUCAACCCCGAUAGUAUGAAGUUAGGGGAUUGUCGUUGGUGGACUCGGGGCUGGACUUUGCAAGAAUUGCUCGCACCGAAUAACCUCAUGUUCUACAAUGCCACUUGGAAACUUGUGGGCACAAAGCGAUCUCUUAUCAAAGAGAUAGCCAAAAUAACGAAAAUUGAAGAGCACUAUAUUCAGUAUACACAGAUGAUCUCACAAUGCCCUGUAGCCCAAAGAAUGGCAUGGGCCUCAUGCCGGCAAACAACUAGGAUCGAAGAUCAAGCAUACUGUUUACUUGGAAUAUUUGGCAUAAAUAUGCCUUUGCUUUACGGUGAGGGCCGUAUGGCAUUUCGUCGACUGCAAGAAGAAAUUAUCAAACGCAACUCAGACAUGACUAUCUUCUUCUGGAACUGGCCGGAAAACGACGUGAGCGAACCACAAUGUAAAGGUCUGUCCCUCGAUGAACUACAAUUGAGCAGCCUCCUUGCAGAAUCACCAAGCGCGUUUAGGACGGUUGAUGCUUUAUCACCAUUCAUCUCGGUGUUCCCUGAGUUCGUCAUAACCAACAAGGGAGUCUUGUUCUCCCACGUCCUGCAGUUGUCAGUAGUAAAAGAGCCCGAAACAGAUUAUCAGCUCUACGGUUUUUGGCUCGGACAAGACUGCGAUAUAAUCCCGCGAGGCAUCUUACUGCGUAAGGUCGGGCCAGGUGUAUACUGUCGUGUUAGGCACACUACAGUCAGAAGAGAGGCAGCCAUAUGGAAAGCAUCAGAUACCAGUUUCUAUAUCAUCCCCGAUCCUGGAUAUGACGUGAAGACAAAAAUCUACCAACACCGAAAUCAUGCUUUCCAUAUACCUGACAAUGAACAGUUUCAGCUUCAGCGUGUGUCUCCCCGUCGUUUAUUUGAUGUAACCGAUAGGAUCUUCCUGCACACACCCGUGACCCUCAUGGGCUGGCUGAAGCGUGGUGUGCAGUAUCACAUGACUGCCGUGCAAGUUGUAGCUCAUGUUGGCUCGGCAAAUAUCGAGCUAAUCGUCCUCUUCAAUUACUCUUAUAUCAAAAUCUUUGACCGGAAAAGGUACCGAGAACAGGCAGAAUUCUUCUUUGGGAACGAGAACGAGGAGAACCCGAUCUGCUUUUCGGAUUUAUCAAAGAAAAUGGCAGAUAUUGCUUCAUCUAGCCAUAGCCUUGAGGUCUUGCUAUCUGAAGAUAAGAAAGCAACGAUAUCAGUCUCGAUCAUACCAGGAGAGCUGGAAAUCACAGGGGCGCCAUGUUUAGUUUAUAGGCUGGUCUUUAACACUGUAAUAACAUGAUCAUAUAUACAGAUUCGAAGCAUCCAAAACUUAAACAAAUUACGACUAUUACAGGCAAGCAAAACUUGGCUUGGCUGGCGUGGGGUACUAAUUGUAUGCGAUCGAAUACACCAUAUAAGCUUGAGUGGCUUAUCAUCCGCCUAGACCUGUCUUUUCAAUCUUUUGAGACACUGCCUACCUGUCCAGGUGGUUGUUGGUGUUGAUGACUGGCUAGUCGAAUUUUGUUACGAAUGCAGGCUCUCGUGACUCGUCUCUAACCAACCAUGGCGUC